AUGACAGCAGAAAUACGUAUACUUGCCUAUGGAAUUUCAGCGGAUCUUUGUGAUGAGUGCAUAAAGGUUGGAGAGCGCACUGCGAUCGAAAGCUUGAAGAGAUUUUGUGAUGCUGUAAUUGCAUUGUAUAUGGAGCAGUAUCUACGUUUACCAAACGAAAGCGACAUUGCACGUUUACUUCAAGAAGGGGAAGAAAAAGAAUUCCCAGUGGACAACUUUGAUUCAAACCAUCCGCACGCAACUACUGAAAAGGAGAAAUUGUUUGCUCAAAGACAAGAAGUCAUUAGGAAGGAUGUUGAACGGGCAUUUGGUGUGUUGCAGAUAAGGUGGGCUAUAACGCAUGGACCAGUAUAUUAUUGGAAGAAAGAAGACCUGAGCAAGAUAAUGAGAACGUGCAUCAUAUUGCAUAACAUGAUCAUAGAAGACGAGGGCGACACUAACAUUUUGGAAUGGACACCUCCAAUGGAUGAGUUGGUCUACCUUCCACAAUACAAUCGAGACCGAUCAUUUUUGGCAGCACACAUCUCCACUCGCCUCAGCAGGAUUCGCAAUGUAGAAAACAAUGGAGAUCUCAAGAGAGAUCUUAUGGAGCAUUUGUGGAAUAAAUUUGACAAUGAAGAGGUUUUAACGAUAAUAUUGAGUAAAUUGUAUUUCUUCAUAUUGUAUGUUUGUGAUGAAUAA